CUGCUUAUUUCAGAACAGGCUGUGUUACUCACUUAGGAGCCGUUGCUGCUUUUGAAGAUGACUUCUUAUCAUUAUUCAUCAUCCCAAAAGGGAACAAGCGGAUCUGUAGCUGGUGGUGGAAGAUCAGCAGGGAACAGGAGCUCUGUCUCCUUUGCAAGUUAUGGUGGAGCUGGUGGCAAUGCAGGGUUCUGCCAAAAUGGAGAAUAUGGUGGUGGCUUCGGUAGCAAUGUAGGUGGUGGAUAUGGUGGGGGCUACAACAUGGCUUUUGGUGGUGGGGCAGGAUCUGGUUUUGGUGGAGGAGCGGGUGGUGGAUUUGGUGGUGGAGCUGGAUAUGGUGGUGGAGCUGGCUUUGGUGGUGGAGCUGGCUUUGGUGGAGCUAGUGGAGGUGGCUAUGGCUUUGGUCAAGGUGGAGCUUUUGGCGAUGCUGGGGGUCUCCUUUCUGGCAAUGAAAAGAACACCAUGCAGAACCUAAAUGAUCGUUUGGCCAAUUACUUGGACAAAGUGAGGGCGUUGGAGAAUGAUAAUGCUGAGCUAGAGAAGAAGAUACGUGAAUGGUAUGAAAAGCAGAGUCCAGUUAGUAAGGAAGCUGACUACAGUCAAUACUUCAAGAUUAUUGAAGACCUCAGAGCCCAGAUACUUGCUGCCCAGAUUGACAAUAGCAAAGUGGUUCUGGCCAUUGAUAAUACAAGACUGACCACAGAUGACUUCAGACUCAAGUAUGAGAAUGAGUUGGUUCUUCGGCAAAGCGUGGAGGCUGAUAUCAAUGGCCUGCGCAGGUUCCUGGAUGAACUGACCAUGGCUAAGUCUGAUCUUGAAUCUCAGGUUGAGAGCCUGGUUGAGGAACUGGCUUACCUUAAGAAGAACCAUGAGGAGGAGAUGAAGGGAAUGCAAGGCCAAGUCAGUGGCACUGUCAACGUUGAGAUGAAUGCUGCCCCAGGAGUAGAUCUGACUAAAAUCUUGAAUGAUAUGAGAAGCGAUUAUGAAAGAUUGGCAGACAAAUACCGCCAGGAAGCUGAAGAACGAUUCCAGAUAACGUCCAGGGAACUGCAACAGCAAGUUGUCACCAGUAGUCAAGAGGUCCAGACUUCGAAAUCAGAGAGCUCAACCCUCAGACAAACACUUCAAAGUUUGGAGAUAGAACUUCAGUCUCAACUUAGCAUGAAAUCAUCCUUAGAGUCCUCCUUGGCAGAAACAGAAGGACGGUAUUGUGCACAGUUGUCUCAGCUCCAGGACGUUAUCUUAAAGGUUCAAUCUGAGAUUUCAGAUCUCCGUAAUCAGAUGGAACAACAGAGUAAUGAGUACAAAUUACUGCUGGACAUAAAAACCCGUUUGGAGCAGGAAAUCUCCAAGUACAGAGAUCUGCUUGAUGGACAGGACUCUAAGAUGUCAACAGGUGGAAGCUCAUCCAGCAGUACUACCAUUUCAUCUUUUUCUACUACGACUUCAAGCACUAACAAGGUGCGCUAGUUUCCAGAAUUCCAUUUUGGGUCAAACCACGGUGUAACACAGCCUGUUCAACUCUACUGAUGCUUCUCAUCUUAUUUGUGUGCUUUUUCAAGACUGAUGAUACAUUGGAAUGUGGUGUUUUUCUUGCUAAUUGUUGAAUAAAUCUUUUAUCUAUUGCAAUGUGAA